UAGGUGUAUUACCGCCAUUUUCAUUCGCGAUUUUGUAGUCACGUGACUGACAUUUGUUCAUCCAAUGGGGAACGUGAUACUUAACCAAACUACAAUUUGAGAAAUGGCUGACGAUAAAGAAGUCGAGAAAACGAUUGCAGAAGACUUGGUUGUUACCAAGUAUAAGCUUGCAGGACAAAUUGUCAACCGUGUCUUGGAACAAGUCAUAGCGAAAUGUGUCCCUGAUGCGUCUGCGCGCGAAAUAUGCGAGUUCGGAGACAAGCUGAUCUUGGAGGAAACGUCCAAGGUUUUCAAGAAAGAGAAGGACUCGAAAAAGGGAAUAGCUUUCUCAACAUGUGUGUCCGUCAACAAUUGUAUAUGUCACUUCUCGCCUAUCCCAAGUGAAAGUGACUAUAUUUUAAAACAAGGUGAUCUAGCCAAAAUUGAUCUGGGUGCACAUAUAGAUGGGUUCAUAGCAGUGGUUGCCCACACAGUUGCUGUGGGAGGUGGUGAAGUGACUGGACGGGCUGCGGAUGUACUGUUGGCUGCACAUCUAGCUAGUGAAGCAGCCCUAAGAUUGCUGAGACCUGAUAAUGAGAACUAUGCCAUCACUGAUGCAAUCCAAAAGAUCAGUGCAGAAUAUGGGUGCAAGCCUGUGGAGGGCAUGCUAUCUCACCAGCUUAAACAAUUCCGCAUUGAUGGAGAGAAGAGCAUAAUACAGAAUCCUUCAGAAGCCCAGCGUAAAGAACAUGAGAAAGCCACUCUAGAGACUUAUGAGGUGUAUGCAAUGGAUGUUCUUGUUUCUACAGGAGAGGGGGUGGGUCGUGAAAUGGACACAAGGACAACAAUAUACAAGAAAACUGAUGAAGUAUAUCAGCUCAAGUUAAAAGCAUCAAGAAUGUUUUACAGUGAGGUGCGGAACAAGCAUGGGUCGAUGCCAUUCAACUUGCGCAGCUUCGACAAAGAGACCAGCGCGAGAUUAGGAGUUGUAGAAUGUGUCAAUCAUAAGCUCAUCGAACCUUUCCAGGUUUUGUAUGAACGGCCAGGGGAGUUGGUAGCACAGUUCAAAUUCACAGCGCUGCUGCUGCCGAGUGGCACGCACCGCAUCACGGGGCUUCCCUUCGACAAGAGCCAGUGCAAGAGUGAGCGUUCCAUCAAGGACCCUGAGCUCAAUGCCCUCUUGAACUCAUCCACGAAAUCCAACAAAAAGAAGAAAAAGAAAACUGGUGCUGAAGCUGAACCAAUGGAAACAGAGACGGUUGCCUAGCAACUGGAAUCCCACUGCCCCUGGAAUAAACAAAUGAAAUUCAACAGCUUUCCUCCACCCAAACAUGACAUAUUAUCAUUUUUAACCAGUUAAUUGACAAAGAACUGCAACUGUGGCAUAAGUGUCCGAAAUACUUAUUUUAGCAAAACUUUUUCCAAUAAAACUUUCACAUUGCUACUACAUCCUAAAUCUAUUGUUACAUAUUUCCUGUUUAUGUAUGUAUUUAUUGGAGAUUCUACAAAAAAUGCAAUAUGUAUGCUAAUAAGUUGUAAAAAUUAAAGUUAAUUUAUACACUUAGAUAAAUACUAUUUUUCCAUUUUCUUUUAUUGAAAGAGUUUUGAAUGAAUAAACUGUAAGUCACUUUCCCCACUAUCAUUAUUUGAAAUAAUUUUAUCAGAGAAUUUUCAAGAUCAUUCCCUAGUGACAUGUUUGUAUUUUAUUAAAACAUUGUGACGUGCACAAAUCCCUUCUCCAGUAGCUAUUGGUACAAUUAGUGUGACAAGUACAUAUGUAUUUCACUGAUUUUAUUUAGAUUAAUUUUGAAAUUCAUAAUUUCUACUCGCAUAAUCAUUCUUUUUUAUGUUAUUAUUUCUCAAAUACAAUGAAUGUAGUUGCAUUACAUUUUAUACAAAUAUGUGUUUAUUGCUAUCAACCGAGAUAAUGUAUUUGUUGACUUUAUGUACCUACUAGGAAAAGGUGUAAAAAAUGUGACACUGUGAGAAAGGAAUAAAUCAAACUGUGCCACAAAUGUGGGCUGUUUUGUAAAAA